AUGUCUCUCUUCGUUCUUGCCGAGACGCCGGCAGGCUAUGGCCUGUUCAAGGCUUCCGACAAGAAAAUCUUCAAGAAUGGGGACCUUGCCGCUGAACUUGGACGUCCGGAAAAACUGGUCGAAAUGCUUAAGCUGAAAAAGUUUGUCAAGUUCGACAGCGCUGCCAUGGCUCUUGAAGAAGCCGCCUCUCUCAAGGAAGGCAAGGUCCCAGCGCUCCUCACCACUCUCCUGGAAGAUCUCAAGAGCGAGAAGAAGGCCUCGCUCGCCGUCGCCGACAUGAAGCUGGGAACCGCCAUCUCCAACUUGCCCCAGUUCAACAUCACUCCUGUGGCUGGAUCUGAAACCAUGGAUUGUUUCCGAGGAAUUCGUGAGCACCUCUCAUCUCUCAUUCCUGGGCUGGAGCAGGAAAUUGUCGAUCGCAUGUCUCUCGGUCUCUCCCACUCCAUGUCCCGCCACAGGCUCAAGUUUUCCGUCGACAAGGUUGACUCAAUGAUCAUUCAGGCUGUCAAGCUGAUUGAUGACAUGGACAAGGAGCUCAACGUGUACGCCAUGCGAACCAAGGAAUGGUACGGUUGGCACUUCCCCGAGAUGGCCAAGAUUCUCAACGACAACAUGGCCUACGCCCGUGUUAUUCUCGCCGUGGGUAUGCGAACCAAUAUUGCCGACGCUGAUCUGUCUGAAAUCCUCCCUGAGGAGGUCGAGGUCGCCAUCAAGGCAGCCGCCGAAAUCAGCAUGGGUACCGAAAUUACGGAAGAAGAUGUGGACAACAUCAAGCUUUUGGCCGAGCAGGUCAUUCGCUACUCCGACUACCGUACCCAGCUCUCCUCGUACUUGGAGACUCGCAUGCGUGCCAUUGCUCCCAAUUUGACAGCCCUUGUUGGCUACCUAGUCGGUGCCAGACUCAUCGCCCAUGCCGGAUCCCUCAUCAGCCUAGCCAAGGCACCUAGCUCGACCAUUCAGAUUUUAGGUGCCGAGAAGGCUCUCUUCCGAGCUCUCAAGACCAAACACGAUACCCCCAAGUACGGUUUGAUCUAUCACUCUUCCCUUAUCGGCCAGGCCACCGGUCGCAACAAGGGCAAGAUUGCACGUAUGCUGGCUGCCAAGGCUGCCCUUGGCCUGCGUGUCGAUGCCCUCGGCGGUGAUGAUGACGAGCAAGAUGAAGAAGAGCGAGCCAUCCUCGGUCUCAGCAACCGUAUCAAACUGGAGAACCACCUCCGAAGGCUGGAAGGCAAACCUGCCUUGCCCAAGGGCACCAAGGUCGCCCCAUCCGGUGAAGCCGUUUCUAGCGCAUUCAUCCUUAAUAAGUCUCGACGAUAUAAUACCGAUGCCGACGGUGUUACUGAGGAAGUGAAUGGCAAGGCUUCUUCCAAGAAGGAAAAGAAAUCCAAGGACAAGAAGCCAAAGAUCGAUGUCGUCGAGGAGGACUCGGACGACGAGAUGAAGGACGCUGAGGAUGGCAAGAGCGAUAACCAAAACACCACCCCCGUCAAGAAGGUCGUCAAGCUGUCAACCGAAGAGUACGAGCGCCUCGCAGAAGCUGCCGGCCUUUCCGUCAAGAAGUUCAAACGGAAGUACGAGCGUGGUGACGUCGAGCUCGGCGCCGAUGGGACGCCCAAGGUCUUUAGCAAGAAGGAAAUGAAGAAGCUCCGAAAAGCCGAAGGCGGCGCCAAGUCCACACCCGCAAAGUCCACACCCGCAAAGUCCACUAUUGAGCCCUCCCCUGAAAAGAAGAAAAAAAAGAGAAAGUACGAUGAUGAUGAUGAGGAAGUCGAGUCCGCCAAGAAAGACAAGAAGCAGAAGAAGAAAAAGCGCCACUCCGACGCCGAAUAG